AGGUGCCCAAGUGCGCUGAUGCGACCCCAGUCCCGCAGCAUCCCUUAGCAUCCCGUAGCUGGAUCUCACGUUGCAAUGUUCGGUGGACCAUUCGCGAUGGGCGGCUGCGGCUUCGGUGGCUUGCCCAUGUGCAUGCCCGUGAUCGUGCGCGAUUUGCGAGCGGAUAGGUCACAGCCGCCCAGGGAGGUGACGGGGAGAGUUGGCGGCAUCCCGAUCCACGGCCUGGGCAUGGGCCCUUUCGGGCCAUUUCCGGGUCUUGACGACGGGCUUAUCACUCAAGCAAGACAGGGGCGCUGCAGCGGGACUGCUCGCCAGUGGGGAACGCAAACGCCACCAUGGAGCUCUACCACGAGACCAGUCCGGACAGAGCCGAUGCGAUCGUGCAGUCGCAGCGCAUGUAACGCGUAUCCGACGGCCUGGCUGGUGGAGGCAUCUACUUUGCGGAGAGCGAGGCUGAGGCCAGGAGGAAGGCCCACAACCACGGGGCCAUGCUGACAGCCACGGCGCGCGCGGGGAAGGCCAAGGUGGUGCACCGCUCCGCGGAUGCCAGCUACUCGCAGCUGCGCAGUGAGGGCUACGACUCGGUGAAGAUCCUGGGCCGGGACUCCGGCGCCGAGUACGUGGUUUACAACUACGACCAGGUCACUUGAGGUUUACUUCCAGCAUCUUCCAGCGACCUGCUAGUGAUUGCCAGGGAACCCAAGACAAAACGGCGGCAGUAAGCCACUUAGCGGAGUUUAGCUCCGUGAGUAGUUGCAAAUAUUUGCAAGCUUGAGCGCGAUGCAUGAUGGAGUGUCAGGGAUAAUUGACAAGCUGAGAUUGCGGAGGAGUACGGCUCACCGUGGCAAGAACGUCCGGCUCAACCGCUGUAGUGAAGUCCCAUUAACCAAGGAUAAUCGAGGCAUGGCGCAGAUCAGCUGUGUCCGAUUGACCGCGGAAGGCAAGGUGGAGCCUGCAGCUUUCGAGUACGAAGGGGACCGCCUCACAGACAGGGACUUUGAUGAAGCCCUGCUCAGCAAGCUGCGGGUGGACUUGUUCUUCUCUGGGACUCGGCCAAUGCCUGUCCGGGACCUUGAAGGCUUUCAGAAGGUCUUCGUGCGGCAAUCGGAUGUGGUCAGCGAGUUCAUCAUGCUGACCCUGAGUCUGACCGGGGAGGGCCGUGUCCGCAUGGGCUUUCAGAAAAAUGAAGCGGGCUAUGAGCUGGUCUCCCCGCAAGCGCGGCUCAGGAUCAAACUGACUUGCCUUCUGGGCCCUGUUGUGAUUCUCAAGAACCCAAGGUUCACUGUGCUGAAGACAGGUCGACCCCAGGAUCUGAGCGUCGCCCAAUUCUGGGCGUGCGCUGGCCGACUGCCGGACUUCCGCAGGCUCUGUGUAUGCGAGCGCCCGCGUCUGGAGCAGUUCGUGCCCGCGCCAAUCCAGCCAGGCCCAGCCCGGCGCCCCCGCGCGGAAAGCCAGCCCGGCAGGGCGCGGCCGAAGGCGGAAGCCAGGAUCGCCAGGACCGCCAGGAAGUGGGAGGGACUGGAUGUGGCUGUGCCUGGCACGUUCUGCUCCGGCCCGCCCGGGCUGAUCCGGAUGGAUACCCUUGAGCGGGCCGCUCGGCAGACACCCAAGGCAGGCGAGGCGCCUGACAGCGAUUUGCGCUCACCAAGCCCCAUCUCGACAGCGGCUUCAAGCGUCGACACUCCACCGCUCGAGUGGACUUGCGACCACGUUGCGGGAUGGUUGGACAGCCUGGGUGGGUGCAGCAGGCCGGGUGCAAGGAGAGCAGAGGGCGCCGGGAUGCGGACCCCAAGCGUGGCCAGCCACUUCCUGUCACCACACCAAGCACAUCAAGUCACCAUACCAAGUACAUCAAGUACCCAUACCAAGUACAUCAAGUCACCAUGCCAAUUACAUCAAGUACCCAUACCAAGUACAUCAAGUACCCAAAGUGUGGGAGGUUGUGGCCUGCAAGUUUCAGCGCUCAGCCGGCGCGUGUGACCGCUGUUGCAACCGGGCCAGGUAUAUCCGCCAGUUCCAGGAGAAUUUGAUUGACGGCCGAACUUUGAGCAGCUUGACGCUGGAAGAGCUCAAGGAUGACCUGGGGGUGAAGGAGCUCGGCCCACGCAAGGCUCCUGGGCGCAAUUCCUUGCGCGCCGGGCAUGAUGCGUUUGUUUCUCAAACGCAGGGGUGGUGUUCGUUCCACUGCCAGCUGUGUGUCCAACCCCAUCCCAAGCGGAUCCAUGCGGCUGGCCAACGUGUUCCAUGUUUGCCGCCUGCGCGCCAAGGUCAUCCAUCGGGCAAUUCAGCAACUGUUCCAGGAGUGAAUUAGCGUUUAACAUUUCUUCCUUGCUCCAUGCGGUGAGGGGCUGUGACAGUUUUGUUUGCCGCUUGCGAGACUAGUAAGUGUCAAACAGGGCGAGACUUUUGGCAGGGCCCAUGAUGUAUUCCACGCAAGCGCAGUGCGG